AUGAUGAAAGGCUAUGCAACCAGUAAGAGGGGCCCCAUGAACAACACCCCAUUUGGAGACAUGAGGAAGAUAUCCUUAACUAACCCCCUGCACAUAUCUGACAACGCUUGGUCGACGGAUAGAAUCACGCUAUCCUCGGAGGAGUACCUCUACUACGUGAAUCUGUUUAACUUGAACGACAAAUUCGACAGCCACUUUAUCGACAACAAGACGGCGUCCUCAUUCCUGCAGAAUUCAGGCCUAUCCAUUUCUGUUCUUCACUCGAUAUGGGAGUACAGUGACGUAGAGAACAAGGGAUACCUGACUCUGGAGGACUUUUUCAUUUGCUGCAGAUUAGUUGCACAUGCACAGAAUGGAAACGCCCUCAAUUCGGACAUUAUAAACAUACAGCCCCCGUGUCUGCCCAGCUUCGACAUCAUACGACAUAAGUCCUUUUCCGACAUUUCCAACAUGGAGGGGAAUGUGGAGUGGAAGAUAAGUGCCAGAGAAAGGGAAGACUAUCGAAGGAUCUUUAAGACAUUGGAUAUGAACAACGAGGAAAAAGUCGAGGGGAGUGUCAUCAGAGAGUACUACCUGAACACUUCCAAUCUAUCGAUCUGUGAACUUAUGCAGAUAUGGAGUGUGUCUGAUAUGGACAAUGAUGGUUUUUUAAAUUUUGAGCAAUUUUGCGUCAUGAAUAAAAUGGUUGAAGUGAGGAAGGAGAAGGAGAUUAACAUCCCUCUGGCUAUCCCUGCGGAUCUGCUGAACUCGAUAAAGGAGGACCAGCAGAUGGUGUUGGAUGACGACGUGACCUUCCGCAAGGUGGAGGACAAGGAAAAGCGAGACAGCCUCAAGCUCACCUUCGGGGACCUGCUCAAGACGGAAAAUGAAAAGAAGAAAGAAAAGGGCGCUUCGGGAAAGGGCGCCUCAUCAAGAAGUGGUAGCCCCGAAAAUAACGAAAAGCUAAACAUGGAAUUUGAUUUCUUCGAAUUUAAGCAAGAGGAGAAAUCUGACAUGGAUAGCUCUGAGAAGGAGAAGAGCAAGAGGAAAAAAAAGAAGGAGAAGGACAUCUUCUCGGAGCGCAGUGAAAAGAAGGCCCUCUUCAAGAACGACUUCGAGAGCUAUACCAGAUUGGACAAGGAGGACGACGAUGAUGAUGACGACGUGGAUGAGGUGGAUGAAGAAGAGGAAGCAGAACGAAGGAAUUCCGUGGAGAAGAAAAAGGGCGGCAUGAAGGAGCCCCGAAGUUAUGAAGAACUCAGCACAGAGGAAAUGUCCACCGAGGAGUCCAGCAAAAAGGGCAAGGAAAAAAGGAAGGAGAAGGAGGGAGAUGAAGACGAAGAAGAUGCGGAAGGAGGCGCCAAAAGGAGAAUCAAAAUGAAGAAGAAGGAAAAGGCCAAUCGAGAUCGGUCUAUAGACAGGUUGAGCAAAGCGAAGGAGAAGCAAAAGGAUCGACAGAGAAAAGGUCACGAGAAGAAACUACAGUUGGAGAAGUACACCCCCGAGGAGGCAACUUCCCGAGCAGGAGACGUGGGAGGCCCCGAAAAGGGGAGAAACAUGCACAGAGGAAGCCGUGAUAUGAACAGUGGGAACGGAAAAGUGAACGCCGAAGAGGAGAAAAAAAAGAAAACUUCGCAAAGCGAAAAGUACUUCACCAAACUUAUCGACUUCAACUACUCCGACCUGAAAAACUACAACAUCGAAAGUAAGGACGUAUACAAAAUAGAGGAGAUCAAUAGAAAGCUAGAAGAGGAAAUUGAAAAAAAAAAAAAAAGUAUUGAAAAAAAAAAAAAACAAGUAAACUGUCUAGCGUAUGUAUACGAAAAUGAAUUAAAAAAAUAUCAAUGUCUAAAGGAGGAGAGAAGGAAUUUAGAAUUCAUAAACCUUUGUCUUUAUAAAGAUAUAAAACAUAAAAAGGAAAAUAUUCGAAGCAUUAAAAAUGAAAUAAAGGAACUCAUUGAAGAUAUAAACAAAAUCAGUAUUGAAAAUGUUAACAUAAAUAAAGAGUACAUAAAAAAGGAGAAGGAAAUAAAAGUAACGGAUAAUAAGAGGAAAAAUUUAAAUGCACUCAUAGAUAAGGAAAAGAAUGAUUUGAAAAAGGAUGAGAGAAAUUUAAUUAUCUUAAAAAAUAUGAUUGACUACUUGAGGAAGCAAAAAAGCCGAGCUCUGAAAUUACAGGAAAAUCUAAAAAACAGAUAUGACGUCACGAAUUCAGACCACCAAAUGCUGAUUAAGAAUAUUCUACACCAACAGAAUUACUUAAAUAGAAUUACUCAAAAACGUCUGAAUACACAGAAGGUGAAAAAUCAGAACCUCCUCUACUUUAACUCUCUGUGUAAUCAGUCUGCUUUGCUGGACAUGCAGAAUAAUACCCACGCCUCCUUGCGCCACCCGCCCGACGCGAAGGCCCUCGCCGCCCACAGGCGUUACUUCACCGACAGGAAGGGCAUCCCCAACGAGCAGAGUGACGAGUUGAAGAGCUCCAAGCGGAACGUCGAGCUUUUCGAGCACAUCAAAAACGGAGACAGCGUAGACAUAUUCUCGAGCAUGGAUGACGAGUCCGGGUCGCAAUCGCAGGAAUACGUCGAGGAAGAGGAGGAGGACGAUGAUGAUGAAGACGGUGACUACGCUGAGGAGGAAGACGAGAAACGGCAGAAGGGGAAGAACAACAUGGAGGACCUGGCCAACCUGGUGUCGAAGGAUCACAGUUUAAACAGCGUCGACGACAGCUCCUGA